AUGAAAACUUCCCUGUCAAUUAUGGAGCUGCUGCGUCUCCUGCUUUCGCAUCCAUUGGUCUCUGCAGUCGCCCUCGGGGCAGUCUAUCUGCUCUGGUUGGUCCUCGACCGGCUCUAUCUGUCCCCCAUUGCCCGUUUCCCUGGGCCCAAACUGGCCGCGUUGACGCAUCUCUACGAGUUCUACUGGGACACCAUCUGCUGUGGACAGUUCACUUUCCAGAUUGCUCGCCUCCAUGACAAAUAUGGCCCCAUCGUCCGCAUCGGCCCAAACGAACUGCACGUCAGUGACCCGGAAUACUACGAAGUCAUCUACUCGCGCGACAGCCCCCGCAACAAAUAUGAAUACUACCAGCGCACCCUCAACGCCCCCUUCGCCCUCCUCAACACGAUCGACCACCACCAGCACCGCCAGCUCCGCGCCCAGCUGAACCCAUUCUUCUCCAACGCGCGCAUCCGCAAGCAGGAAGCCGCCAUCAAGGCCCUCGUCGACAAGCUCUGCCGCCGCCUCGAGGAGCUCAAGAACACCGGCCAGCCCCUCCACAUCGAGCACGCGCUCACCUGCUACACCACCGAUGUCAUCACCGACUACAGCAUGGGCGAUGGGUACCACUACCUCGACGCGCCGGACUUCAUCCCGCAGUGGUACGGGACGCUGAACGGCACCGCCAAGACGAUGGUGUUUAUUCGUCCUGUGGCGUGGGCGCUGCCGUUGCUGCUGGCGCUGCCGGAGAGGGUGACCGCGUGGCUGAAUCCCGGGAUGGAGCUGUUCUUCGAUUUCCAGCGGCGGUGCCGGAAGAUGAUCAAGAGGAUUGUCGCGGCGCAUGAAGAGAAGGCCGACAAGUCUGUGCAGAAUGCGGGACGGGCGAAUAUCUUCGAUGAUAUUCUGAGUAGUGAUCUGCCGGCGCAGCACAAGAGUGAGACGCGGCUUGCGCAGGAGAUGCAGGUGAUGGUUUCUGCGGGGGCCGAGACCACGGCCAAGGCGAUUACCUAUAUCCUGUUCUACCUGCUGAAUGACCCCAAGACGAUGGAGAAGCUCAAGGCUGAGCUGGAGACGGUGGGCGAGGAUCCGCCGCUGAUUCAAUUGGAGCAGUUGCCCUACCUGACUGGUGUGAUGUUAGAAGGAAUCAGACUGUCCUACGGCGUGACUGCCCGUCUACCCCGGAUCGCCCCCUUCAACGCCCUCAAGUUCAGAGACUGGACCAUUCCCCCAGGAACCCCCGUCAGCAUGAGCUGCCUACUAAUGCAUCACGACGAAACCAUCUUCCCCGACUCGCACCGCUUCAAGCCCGAACGCUGGCUCGACCCGGCCGAGCGCAAACGCCUAGAAAAAUACAUGGUCGCCUUCUCCAAGGGAUCCCGUCAGUGCAUUGGAAUGCAUCUCGCCAAAGCCGAAAUCCUCUUGUCGGUGUCGACUCUCCUCCGCAGAAUGAACCUGGAGCUGUACGAAACCACCGUGGAAGAUGUAGCCGUGAAGCACGACAUUUUCAUCCCCUUUCCUCGAAUGGACAGCAAGGGUGUCCGGGUGUUGAUCAAGGGUUGA